AUGGCGGACCACACCACCCUCACCUCCCCGUUACUCCCCUCCGACCACCUAAUCCUCACCGUCGACUCCGAUUCCAGCUCCGCCUCAUCCACAACCAACGCCUCUCCAAUCUCCAGCCCCUUCACCACCCUAGGUUUCACCACGGGGGAGUUGACUGUCCCGCCGGGGAUCACGGUGGACCCGUUCCAGAACUGUAAAGCAGGGAUUAACGGGUAUGUUGCUACUAAGCUAGCACUUUAUCGUUGGAGAGAUAAAGAGAAUCCUAUGCCUAGGUGGAGGAGUCGGAUUAUGUGGGUCACGAGAAUUGCAGCUAGGUUCAUUCUGUUUUCUUUCGGCUAUCAUUGGAUAAAACGGAAAGGAAAACCUGCCCCAAGGGAAGUCGCUCCAAUAAUUGUAUCUAAUCAUGUAUCUUAUAUUGAGCCUAUCUUCUAUUUCUAUGAAUUAUUUGCCACCAUCGUGGCAUCUGAGUCUCAUGACUCCAUACCUUUUGUUGGCACAAUCAUUAGAGCAAUGCAGGUCAUAUAUGUUAACAGGUUCUCACCAUCAUCAAGGAAGCAGGCUGUAAGAGAAAUAAAGAGAAGGGCUUCUUGCGAUAGAUUUCCUCGAGUACUUUUAUUUCCCGAGGGAACGACUACUAACGGCCGGAACCUCAUUUCCUUCCAACUCGGUGCAUUUAUCCCUGGGUACCCUAUCCAGCCUAUAAUUGUGCGCUAUCCUCAUGUGCACUUUGAUCAAUCUUGGGGUAAUGUUUCUUUGGGACAACUUAUGUUCAGGAUGUUCACUCAAUUCCACAAUUUCUUUGAGGUAGAAUAUCUUCCUGUCAUUUCACCCCUAGAUGACAAGGAAACCGCUGUGCAUUUUCGUAAAAGGACUAGCCAUGCUAUUUCAACUGCAUUGAAUACUGUCCAAACUGGACAUUCUUAUGGAGAUAUAAUGCUUCAUAUGAGAGCACAAGAAGCAAAACAGGAGAACCCCUCGAGUUACAUGGUUGAAAUGGCCAAAGUGGAAUCAUUAUUUCAUAUCAGCAGCUUGGAAGCUGUGGACUUUUUGGAUAAAUUCUUGGCUAUGAAUCCCGAUCCCAGUGGCCGUGUUCAAUAUCGUGGCUUUUUGAGCGUUUUAAGACUCAGGGCCUGUCCUCUUGCUGAAAAGAUAUUUGCAUUCAUUGACGUGGAUAAGUGUGGGAAAAUUACAUUCAAACAGUUCUUGUAUGGAUCUGCACAUGUCAUGAAGCAGCCAGGGUUUUGUCAAGCCUGUGAAAUAACCUUUGCUGAGUGUGGCGGUGCAGUAAAGGGCUACAUCGUGGAAGAAGAAUUACGAGAUUCCAUCCAAUCUGCUCUCCCUAGCUGGAACGAGGACGAGGUCCAUCAUCUUUUUGUGUUAUUUGAUGAGGAUAAUGAUGAAAAAAUUUACAAGGAUGAUUUUCUUUCAUGCCUCAGAAGAAAUCCUCUUCUCAUAGCUCUUUUUACACCUCAAUCGGAGCUCAAGGAAUCAUGUGGUAAUGGAGUGCUGGAGAUUGUUUGA